UUCUUACUUAUAUUCAUAGACUACAAAAUUCACAAAAGAUCUGCAUUUUUUUUUGUGUAUUACCCCGGUGAACUGAAAAUAGAUUCGAUUAAUUAAUCAUCACAGGCUGUUAAUAAAUUAAAACGCUUCCAUUGGUCUCUACAGUUAAAAGAAAAAUGCCUGAGGCUUAUGGUAAAUCAACACACCAAAGGUUUAAACACGUCAAUAUCAACGGUAUGGGGCUAUCGACGAAGAGCAUUUCUCACUUAAUAUACGGAAAAGCCUAUAAAUACCGCAGAAAAGAAAAUUCGACAUAUUUGAAAACAUAUCUUUUUGAAGCAGCAGCAUUAAUUGUUGGUUGUUUUAUGAGCAAUACGCAUUGCUGGAUUUUAACUAGAUAAUUCUUGAAGAUGCAUUGUUAUUAUAGUAUGAACAAAUACAUUCACAUAUACAUAUUGAUAAUCUUAAUUUACCUGACCCGUGGAAAUGGAAAUUUUAUAAAUGCACGUAGCCGUGACUAUGGGAUGCAAAGAACUGCAGAUAGCAAUAAAUUAGUGAAGAGCGAAGAUGGAACACCAAAUGUUAAUGCCGGGUUAGUAGAAGAUGGCGGGGUAAGGGCUGUUGGUGAAGUUUUUGUUCCGAAAACGUUUCCAAUGAGUUCGCAGGAGCCGUCAUGUGAGCAACUACGCGCUAUGUGGAUAUUUUCCAAGAGACAAUCUCGUGCAGCAGAAAUAACAAACGAGAUACCAACAUACCGUGACCCUUUCACAUAUAAUGUCUGGGAACCACUUUACUCCAACUCUCGCUUGCUCGGCUCGCUGCGAAUGGGCGCAAGAGAACGUGCUCGAUCUCCGGUUUUUGGCCGUGUUGUCAGCCGUGAGCCAAUUAUUCCACAGCGUGUACCCUUUGAGCAACGCCAUCGCCAUCUGGAUGGCAGCCAACCUGGUGCUAGUCAGGCCAGACUAUAUGGUGCCGAGGUACGGCCAAUAAAUGCUGGAUCACCGGCAUCAUCAUCAUCACCGCGCAGGUCCAGCAAGAAUCGACAUGUAGGCGUACCAAAUAGCUCCGGCAGCCAAAAUUCGGUGGCCGUACAGGGCAGCUUUCAAAAACUGAAGGAACUUAUCUGGACAGAGCGGGCCAAGGAGUUAACCCAACAACGUAGAGCCGAAGAGUUGGCAGCUCGGACGGCUGUGCUCAAGGAAAUCGCAAAUGGGCAAAGCAUACAGUCGUCUUACAAGUUUCCCUUCAAUAAUCCUGGAGAUUCGAUUCUGAUGGAUGAGAAUCGAAGCCCCGAUAGUACCGGCAAUCAAUAUUUAAGCGGUGAUCGAAUGUCCAUUGCGAAUAUACAAAAUUUUGAUCCCAACAAUAAAAAUGGGGGCCACAGAAACGGCGGAGCUCGAGCCUCCACACGCCGCAUAGGAAGUGCUUAUGGAACGGCUACUAAUGGCAAUGGUCCAGCGCGUAAGGACUCCUAUUUUUCAGGCAACUCUCCUGCCGGUCAACCGAAAACAGUUUCUCGCCUGAGGAUUCCACUGACCGAAAUGAAUCCGGCUGACUUAGUAGACAAAGAUCAAUCCGUUAUUGGCAUACCACGGGCAUACCCUAUACGCCAAUCCCAUUUUAGGGAAAGGAAUCGAUCACUUUUAAAACAGUAUCCGCCAAAUGAAUACUUCGAAAGGAACUCAAGAAUUUUAAAGAGUUUGCAGUUUGGGCCUCAGACAGAGCUUUCGGAAGUGAGAGGAGAUUUCAAUGACAACUAUGUGAGUCCCUACACAUCCAUCGAAUAUGGCCCGAAACCAGGUAUCAAUGGUCUAAUUUAUUUUGGUAAUGAUCCGGUAGAUGAGGCUAGGUUAACUGCUUUUUCGCCUCAAAUAGAAAAAACUAAACAAUAUGAGUAUGAUUUCUACAACAAUAACGGAUAUUAAAGUAUUUGUUUUUUUUUCUCAAGAACAUGGACAAUAAAAAAAAACUCACCGACUGUGGUGCAAUAGC